GCGUUUUGGUGCCCAAACACAUUGACAACAACAACAACAACUAACAACACUGAAGAUUCGUCCGGCUAGACACGGCUUCCCCCCCCAGCGAGAAAGCAAGGAAAGCAAGCAGCACAGACGAUGAGCCAAAAGCAACAGCCUCCCGCCGAGAGCGGGAGAACUCCAUGUUCGAGGGAGCAACAGCAGCAGCAGGUCGGAAUGCCGGCGGCGGGCUGUGGAACCAAUGCGAGUACCAUAUUUUGUCAGUGUGGGUGUGGGGCACCAGCGGAGGCGGCUGCGGCGAUUCAUGCCGCAGCUGCCGGGCGGCGGCGGCAGCAGCAGAGCCAGCAGCAGCAGCAGCAACAGCAACAAUCGGGAGCCCAUCACCCUCACACGGCGCAAUUUCCGGCGAUGAACGGUGGUCAGGCUAUGAUGCACCCUGCGAUGUACCAACGGCCAACUCCGUAUCCGGGCCAGCAAGAUAUGCACUACCAGCCGCAGUUCGCAACAGCCUCGGCCAUGUCCCAGUACGCGGCCUACGGCGGGAGAUUGCCGGCCGAACUCCACGUGGCCGCGGACCCGUACAGGAACGUCCACCACCACCACCUGCCGUACAGCGCCUCCGUGGAACUGCCGCGGGGGGGCUACCUGGUGCCGGCGUCCCCGCACGGCGUCCCGGCGUCCGCCUACCUCGCCGCCCCGGGCCCCGGCGGCCUUAGCUACUAUCGCCAGUUUCCCCCCGGCAUGGUACAGAUGGCGGCCGGAGCGAUCCCCGGCGACGGGGAGCCAUCGGCCGGGGCCAAACUGGCGGCGGCGAUAUCAUUCGGCGGGGGCGUUAGCGGCGGUGGGGCCGGCAGAACCCCGCCAGAAAAAGCCCCGCCUCCAUCCCCGUCGGCGGCGGCGUCCUCCGGCUACCCCACGGGCGGCGGACUGACGGCGGCGGUGGCGGUGGGAGCGGCGGCGGGAGAAGGCGGCGGAAAGCAACCGAAAGAAUCCAUACUAGAGUCGCUGCUGGCGGCGAGGUCGGAGAGGCUGUCGGCCGGGUCGAUGGAAGCGGAGGAGUUAUCGUCCGGAGAGGCCGCCGGUGCCAAGAGCAACUGCGGCGCGACGGCUGCGGCGGCGGCGGCGGAUCGAGAAAGCGGGUGCUCCCCUUCCUCCCCGCUGCCGCCCAAUCUGCAGCAGGACACCGGCGCGCACGCCGCCGUAACGGGCGGCGGCAAAGUCGGCAUCGAAGCGGGCGACAAGUCUCUAGCGGAGGAGCAGCGGCAGGCCGUGGAGGCCGCACAUGGCGCAGUGACGGCGGCGGCGGCGGCACCUUCGAACAGCAGCCCCGACGGCGGGCGCACGGUGGCCGCCGCCGCGCCCCUGGCCGCGGCGGCGAACGUUUCGGCGGCGGUGGCGAUGCACCUCACCGGGCUGUCGGGGAGUUUCUCGGGCGUGGGCGGCAUGCACCACGGGAUCGGGACGAUGCAGGGGGUCGGUGGGAUGGCCGGGAUGAGGGGAAUGCCACCGCCCACGGCGGUGACGGUCUCCCCCGCGGGCGGGCCGGCGGCCAUGCAGCCAUACAUGGCCCCGGUGGGUGGGUUGCCGUCUCCCUCGCCGACGGGAGCGCCCCACCAACCGCAGCAGCAGCAGCAGCCGCAGCAGGUCCAGCAGUGUCAGCAGCAGCAUUCGGCGACGGGCUUCGCGAGCCACGACGCGUUCGAGGAGCACAUUCGGCAGCAGGAGAAGAAGCUGCAGAAGCGCGCGGCCAACCGCAAGUCGGCCCAGCUCAGCCGCAAGCGGAAGAAGGCGCUCAUCGAGGAGCUGCGGUACGAGAACCAGGACUUGCAGCGGCACGAGGACAUCCUCGAGGUGAUUCCGGACCCGGUGUUCGCGUUCGACACCGCCAACGGCCGCGUCUGGUUCGCAAGCACCUCGGCGUCGGCGCAGUUUGGCCUGUCGGUGGAGGACCUGACUUCGGCGUGCUUCUUCGACCUCAUGACCGAAGACUGCUCGAAGCGCCUGCGCGUCCUCAUCGACACCGCCGCGAAGGAGGUCUCGGAGACAAACAGCUCCCUGCUGCACGAGCGCAUGACCGUGAGGUUCAAGAAAAGGAAAGGGGCCAUCCUUCUGGGCGAGCUGAGCGGCCGCUUGUCGCAACUGAACGGCGUCACGACGGCGGUGUGUAGCGUCAGGCCGCUCUCCCUGGCGACAGACGACAUCGUGGGCAAGGGGUACAUCGGGGAUGCGAGCGUCGGCGAGCUGGCAGAAGACACAAGCGCCGACCAGGGGAGCAGCAGCGAGGACUCGCGCAGCGCGGGCACGGGCCAGACCACGACCGGCAGCAGCGGCGACUGCACGUCCUCCGGCCUCGGCACCGGCUUCACGUCCAUCGCGGACGAGGCCUCCUCCAGCGGCGGCGGCGUGCCCAGUCUGUCGUCCCUGGAGGUAAAGCGGAGGGACGGCGGCACGGCCACGAGCAGCAGCGGCGACGGUGGCGGCGGCCGCGGCAACGCCUCCAAUAGCACGGGCAGCGGUGGCGGGAGCGUCGGCAGCGGUGGCGGGAGCGUCGGCGGCAGCGCCGGCGGCAGCGUUGGCAGCGCGGGCGGCAGCGAGGAGGGCCUCGGGGACUACAACAGUGAGGAGGCCGACUGCGAGGGGAGCACGGAUAGCGACGGCAGCCGCGGCUCCAAGAAAAAGAGGCGAAAGCAGUCGGAGUCGACCGCCGCCGCCGCUGCCGCUGCCACCGCUUCCGCGGCAAGCCGGAAGCAACAGCAGGCGCGAGCACGGUCAGUUGCGUUUGGCGGUUGCGGCGGCAGCGAAAGCAACGCAAGAACGCCUCCCUCCGGGCAGGGGCGCCGUCCUUCGCCGAACAGCGGUGGCUCCUCGAACAGCUGCGGCUCCUCCGGGGGGACCCGCAGACAAAAACGGAGGCCGUCGGCCGCGACGUCGUCAAAACGAAGCGGUGGCGCGGAUGGUGCCGCGAAGGCCGCGGAGGCGGACGGGAACGACAGAAGCUCGGCGACCGCGGAGGCGUUGGAAUGGCCGGAGGGUAGCCCCAACCCCGAGCCACGCGAUGCUGCGGUCGCGGCGGCGGCCUCGGCAUCUUCAGCGGGUUCCCGCGAGAAAGACGGUAGCGGUAGAUGACACUGCACAGGCCUGCGUGCGGGUAUAGGUGGCCCGCCCGCAGGCGAUCCCUCUAUCUUGCAGAGGUGGUUUUGCCCCUGAGUGAAGGUUCGAUAGUUAAGAUUGAUUCUUGUUUUUGUCCCCCCUCGUCGUUGUGGACGUGAAUUUGAGCUUUUUAAGCAAAAAGUGGGUGGCGGGGGCUCUGUCGUCGUCCCCCGACACGGUUGGCUGUUUCGUCUUAUAUUGGAGAUCGGUGUGCCAGCGGCACAACACGAUAUUUUUCGUUCUCUCGAUCUCCUGUGUGUGUAAUGGGUGCGAAAGGAAGUUGAGUUCAUAGUUUGGUUCCUCCUACUAAGCAGUUGGGUUGCAAUUGCGGCAUAAAUUUCCUUGUUGCGGACCUGGUGGUCGGUUGGGCAUGCACGGCGGUUAAGCACAACAUCGCCUGUUUUACUUGGAAACCCUUUGGCUUUUCCUUGUCUUCGGCUUUUCCUCGUCUUGCGGGAAAGGGUUAUUGCGUCAACAACCACCUGCCUGUCUGUCAGCGGUGUGGGCAAGGAGGUGUAAGAGUAGAUUUUAACGUUUCCGGGGACGAUCGGUGGAUGUAUGUAUAUAUGUAUUCCGCUUGAGCAAAGGGUUGCAGGAUGUCAUGGUUAAGACGACACCCCCCUGCGCUCAAGUUGACGCUUUCGAUCGGCUUUUUUAGUGUUGGAGUGGGUAGUAACAGGAGGUGUGAAGUUCGUGAAAAACGCAUGAAGAAGUCAGCAAAAGUUAAUACGGUCGUAUCGGCAUGGUUUGGUUCAAUCGUGUUGCCACGGUAGCCUCUUUUUUUUUAAGCUAUCGGAAACGUCGUUGUAAUCCAAGCACGCGCUCUCGCCUCUACAACGCCAAGUCGAACACAG